UCACUGACAACCUACGAUUAUCUAUUCUCUCUAUCAUUUCAGCUCCAGUAUACAAACACAACCAUCACAAUGACCUCAAUAGGAACAGGAUACGAUCUCUCAGUCUCCACUUACUCUCCGGAUGGAAGGCUUUUCCAGGUUGAGUAUGCCAACAAGGCUGUCGAGGCCGCCGGCGUCGCUAUUGGUCUUCGGUGCAAAGACGGUGUCCUCCUCGGUGUUGAGCGCAUCCUUCAUUCCAAACUUCUUGUCAAAGGCGCGAACCGCCGAAUCGCAUCCCUUGACGAACAUAUCGGCAUGGCGGGCGCGGGUUUGUUAGCUGAUGGGAAACAUCUCGCGAGUAGAGGAAGGGAUGAAGCGAGCAACUUUAGGGAUACCUAUAAUACACCUGUUACUGUUCAGAUUCUCUCUGACCGGCUUUCCGCAUAUCUCCAAGCAUACACAUCUUACGGUUCUGUCCGACCUUUUGGUCUCUCUGCCCUUGUUGGUGGUGUUGACAAGACCGGUCCUAAACUCUUCUGCGUUGAGCCUUCGGGAGUGUAUUACGGUUACCGGGCAUGUGCAGUUGGAAAGGGCAAAGCAUUGGCGAAGACUGAGCUUGAGAAGGUCGUGAACAAGGAAGUGGAGACUGGCGAGGCGAUCACUGUGCGAGAAGGUGUUAUGGAGCUUGCUAGAAUUAUAUACUUGGUCCACGACGAAAACAAGGACAAGGACUUUGAGCUUGAGAUGACUUGGAUUUGUGAAGAAUCUGGCAACAAGCACGCGCUGGUGCCGGAGGAUCUGCUGGCAGAGGCAGAGGCGAAGGCAAAGGCAGCUUUGGAAGAAGGCAUGGAAGAGGAUUAGAUAUACUCGUUGGAGUAGACAGGAUUGUAGGUAGAUCGGUGACAUAUGUAUAUAUCGAAUAUAGCCGUUCUGC